AUGGAAGAAGAAUUUCCAAAACUAUUCGAUUGUCCUGAUUUUCUUAAAGGAAAAUAUUGUCAUGCACUUUGCAAUUAUCGACAUCAAACCGAAGAAGAAAAACGAGCCAUCGAAAAAUAUCGUGAUUCAUUUCAAUUGAAAUUAAGCCCAAAGAAAUCCAAUCGUUUCGGUCCGGUGUAUAUUAUAGCUGGACCAGAACGAUCAGGAACGUCGUGGUUAUUUAAUGCUGUUCGUUUGCUUCUUGUACAUCAAGAUUCUCCAUUUGGCCCAGCGGAUAGCUAUCGUUUAAAUCAUAUAACAAAAAAUGAUCUUGAAACACGUUUAAUCGAAGCAUGUGGUCGUCCACUAGUUAUACGUACAAUGCGUAUACCGGAUUCCAAUUGGGCACAAGAUCUUGAUCAAUCGGGACAUGGUUAUAUGGUAUUUGUAUCUCAUCGAGAUUUACGUGAUGUUAUUGAUGAUUGUUUAGCGAUUGGUUGGAUGAAACAUGAUAUCGGAGUUAUUCUUUCAAGACUUAAAGCUUAUAUGACUGCAUUUGAUUAUUGGCGUUCCAAUGCUAAAGGAGAUUUUCGUUACGAAUCUACUCAUCAUGAACCUGUCGAACAAAUAAAACAUCUUGCUCGUUUAAUGGGCAUUGAAAGUACUCAUGCUGAACAUAUAGCAAGAGAAAUCAAUUCAUUACGACCUGGCCAAGCUAUCGGACCUGAUCAAGUAACAAAAAUGUGGCCUGCUCAGCGUGUUAUUGAAGCAUCACUUGCUGAUGGAGAUGAUAAGGAUGAUAAACAGACUGAUAAUGAGCACGAACCAAGAAAGGCUGUUGUUGUGCCUGGACAAGCAAAAUUAACAGAAAACGAACGUAGAAAAAUCCGUGAUGUUCAUAGUAAUUUUCAUGAUCGUUACGGUUAUAUUUAA